CAUGAGGUGAAUGUUCCGUAUAAAGCAGAACUUGCAACGUUUUUUUAAAGUAACAACUUAAUAAUUAAACUAAACCGACAGUCUUUCUCCUGUUAUGUUUUAUGCAAAUUUGCUGUUUCGUUGCACACGUUACCGUUUCUCGCUGCUUAAGAAGAGAGGCUUUCACAGCUUGAAACAUCAUUGUUAACAGUAAAUGGCGUUUGGAUGCACAAACAUGCUCCGUGUGUUUGUGCUGUUGAUUUUUAACGUGAACGCUUACUGCAUGUAUCUGAACUGGACAUCACAUGACAGACCAAACAUAGUCAUGAUCAUGUCUGACGCCUUCGAUGGCAGGUUAACCUUUCAACCGGGCAAUAAAGUUGUGCAACUCCCUUACAUCAACUAUAUGAGGGAAAUGGGCUCUGUUUUUCUCAACUCAUACACAAAUUCGCCCAUCUGCUGUCCUUCCAGGGCAGCCAUGUGGAGUGGACAGUUUGUGCAUUUGACACAGUCUUGGAACAACAAUAAAUGUCUUCAUCCUAAUGCCACAACAUGGAUGGACAACUUAAGAAAGAGUGGGUACCACACUCAUAGCUUGGGGAAACUAGACUACACUUCUGGGCAUCACUCUGUCAGUAAUCGAGUGGAGGCCUGGACCAGGGAUGUUCCUUUCCUGCUGAGACAGGAGGGCCGUCCAGUCACAGAUCUGGUGGGUGAUGCAUCCACAAAAAGGGUGAUGAUUAAAGACUGGACCAUCACUGAUGCUGCUGUCCAGUGGAUGCGAAACACUACAGCAUCUCUCACCCAGCCGUUUGCACUGUACCUGGGGCUGAAUCUUCCCCAUCCGUACCGUACCGACUCACUGGGACCUACAGCAGGGGGCUCCACCUUCCGAACCUCCCCGUAUUGGCUAAACAAGGUUUCCUACAAUCAAGUGUCUGUUCCAAAGUGGCUGCGUUUUGAAGAUAUGCACCCUGUGGAUUACUACUCCACCGUCACUAAAAAUUGCAGUGGCCACUUCACAAAAGAAGAGAUCAGAAACAUAAGAGCCUUUUAUUAUGCAAUGUGUGCUGAAACAGACGGCAUGUUGGGUGAGAUAAUGGCGGCUCUCAGAGACACCGGCUUGCUGAACAAGACAGUAGUUCUUUUCACGUCAGAUCAUGGCGAUCUAGCCAUGGAACACAGGCAGUUUUAUAAGAUGUCUAUGUUUGAAGGCAGCUCUCAUGUUCCUCUGCUUAUAAUGGGCCCAGGAGUGAAGUCUGGCUUUGAAAUCAGUCUACCUGUGUCACUUGUGGAUAUAUAUCCUACUGUGCUUGAUCUCGCUGGUGUCCCACAGACAGGGGGUCUCAGUGGUCACUCGUUGAUCCCUCUGAUAUCUCGAGUCAGCAUUUAUUCAGCAGAGCCUCAUCCUGCAUGGGCGUUCAGUGAAUAUCAUGGUUGCAAUGCCAACACCUCCACUUAUAUGCUGAGAAUUUCUGAGUGGAAGUAUAUCGCAUAUGCAGAUGGUUUGACCGUUCCUCCGCAGCUCUUCAACUUGUCCAAAGAUGAGUCAGAAUUGAGAAACGUUGCAUCACAUUUCCCUGAUGUAUGUCAGGAUUUGGACAAGCUGCUACGAUCCAUUGUGGAUUAUCCCAGUGUUUCAAAAUCUGUUCACCGCUACAACAAGCAGCAGUUUCUGGAAUGGAAGCAAAGUCUGGGGGACAGUUACACUCAGGUCAUAGCAAGCUUGCGAUGGCAUAUUGACUGGCAAAAAGAUGCCAAGUCUUAUGAGAGAGACAUUGAGGAGUGGCUGUUAGGGUUUGACUGACCAUCCGGUUUCUGUCUUUUCAUGAUCAGCAAAAAAUAAGAGACAAUUUCUGUUUCUGUUUGAAACUAAUCAGCAGUGUGGUCUGGUUUGCUACCCAGACAGUGUACUUGAAGCGCAGCUUGCAUCACAUAGGUAGGGCAGAAUCUGCAGACAUUUUUUUACUUUUUCUGCUGAGAAUUUUGUAAAAAGAAUUUGGGGAUUUAUGCGGAAUGAUUU